AUGAUCGGAGCCAAACGCUGCCCAGACGGAGCGGGUCAGGAGCGGCCCACGGGCUACUCAGCAGCCCCAGCCCACACCUUUUCUCGGAAAGUCUUUCCUGCCAGCUUUAGGGCAGCGCGGCGGCUUCCAGCGUCGGCUGCCCCUGCCCUGUUACUUGGCCUUGCAACUGGACGCCGGUGUCGUCCUGCAGCCGGCCGCGGGGUGGACUGGCUUGCCACCGCCAUCGGGAUGCCCGCGGAGCAGCGGUACAACAGCGUCCUGUUCGGAGGUCUGAUUGGCUCAGCCUUCUCCGUCCUGCAGUUCCUCUCGGCGCCCCUCACCGGCGCCGUCUCUGACUGCCUGGGGAGGCGCCCGGUGAUGCUGCUGUCCCUGACUGGUCUGGCCACCUCGUAUGCCAUGUGGGCCACCUCUCGGAGCUUCAAAGCCUUCCUGGCUUCCAGGGUGAUUGGGGGCAUCAGCAAGGGGAACGUUAGCCUCUCCACAGCCAUAGUCGCUGAUCUGGGCUCGCCACUUGCCCGAAGCCGAGGCAUGGCGGUCAUCGGGGUGGCCUUCUCACUGGGCUUCACGCUGGGCCCCAUGCUCGGCGCCUCCCUGCGGGUGGAGACAGCACCCUGGUUUGCCCUCCUCUUCGCCGUCUCCAACUUGCUGUUCGUCUUCUGCUUCCUGCCUGAGACGCUGCCCCCGGAGAAGCGGGCGUCCUCCGUCUCCCUGGGGGUCCACGCCGCUGCUGACCUGCUCAGUCCCCUGGCCCUGCUCCGCUUCUCAGCCGUUGCCCGAGGCCAGGACCCACCCACUGGAGACAGGCUGGGCAGCCUGCGCCGCCUGGGCCUGGUCUACUUCUCCUACCUCUUCCUGUUCUCGGGCCUGGAGUUCACGCUGAGCUUCCUCGUGCACCAGCGCUUCCAGUUUAGCAGCCUGCAGCAGGGGAAGAUGUUCUUCUUCAUCGGCCUGACCAUGGCCACCAUCCAGGGUGCUUAUGCCCGGCGGAUCCACCCUGGUGGGGAAGUUGCAGCCGUGAAGCGGGCCAUCUUGCUGCUGGUACCUGCCUUCCUCCUCAUUGGCUGGGGGCACUCUCUGCCCAUGCUGGGCCUGGGGCUGCUGCUCUACUCCUUUGCCGCUGCGGUCGUGGUGCCUUGCCUGUCCACUGUGGUUGCCGGCUACGGCUCGUCAGGGCAGAAAGGCACUGUCAUGGGCACUCUGCGGAGCCUGGGAGCCCUGGCUAGAGCGGUGGGGCCCAUGGUGGCUGCCUCAGUGUACUGGUUGGCUGGGGCCCAGGUCUGCUUCACCGUGUGCUCGGGGCUCUUCCUGCUCCCUUUCCUCCUCCUGCGGAAGCUGAGGCCCCCAGCACAGACACUCAAGGCCGAGUAACUGAGCUGCCGGUGCCCAGGCAGCAAGUGGAAGCUGGGCCAAGACCACUACCCUCCCCACCCCACCCCCGACC